CCCAAAGCUCACCUGUUGGAUCACUGCUGUAAGAUCUCGCUCAGGCGACUUGCGCAACUUAACUCCGAUACAGGAGCAACAACUUUUGCCUACGAUGCUUUAGAUUGCGACUUCAACAAAGACAACGGGUUGAAACGGAUGAAACAAAUCUAAUUAUUGUAUUCUUACUUUUUCUACGGCUCGUCCAAGACAUAUACUAUUCUCGGAAGAUAACUACUUAGAUUAAAUUGACUCAAAUCCGCUCUUCCAUCCCUUGGUAAGCAGAUCACUCGUUCAACCUCCGCCUCCAUGUGGACAGUCAUAUUAUACUCUUUGCAGUAAUUGCUAUUAGUUGGGAGGGUCGCCUCAAGCAGCGCCAAUAUGAGGUCGGUCCUCGCAAGACGUAGGACAUUACAUCUUACUCCGAGACACUUCUGCCGAGCCAUAUCGACUUCUACCCUUCUCCGCACCACCUCGAGACGCUCUAACGACUUCAACUCGGGCUUUACUAGCAGCUAUGAUCCAAACGCGGAAGAGGGGCGAGGCCCUAUGUUCACUAAGAACACCUUCGGCGUGCCACAAUUCUACCCUCGGGACCUCAAGAAACGAGUCGACGAAUACGUAGUUGGACAAGACCGAGCGAAGAAAACGAUAUCAUCCGUCGUAUUUAACCAUUACCAAAAUGUGAGGCGGCGGCAAUACCAAGAAGAGAGGGAAAGGAAACGGGAUGAAAAACUCAUGAGGCAGGCUAUCGCUCGGGAUAGAAAUGCUCGGGAGAGGGAUAUGCAUCCCGUUGAAGGUUGGAAUCAUCCGACACCAAUGUCUGAGCGGUAUCGCGCUGAUGACUUUUCUGAAGACGAAUUCCCUGGGCAUAAUGAUUCCAUACAAGAUAUGCACCAGAGUUGGCAACAUAUCGAACAGAAAGUUGAUUUCUACAUACCUGAAGAUACCAGUCGGAUACCACCUGUUAAAAUUGACAAGAGCAAUUUACUGUUAAUAGGUCCAACUGGUGUCGGGAAAACGUAUAUACUCGAAACACUGAGCAAGAAGAUCAACGUUCCCUUCACGAUAUGCGAUUGCAACUCCUUCACUCAAGCCGGCUAUAUAGGCCAAGACGUCGAAACCUGUAUCGAACGAUUGUUAAUCGAAUCCAACUACGAUAUUAGGGCUACCGAACAAGGGAUAGUAGUCCUCGACGAGUUCGAUAAGAUCGCGAAACGCGAGACUAUGAACGGGAGAGACGUGGGUGGUGAGGGUGUACAACAGGCAUUGCUGAAGCUAGUCGAGGGGACAAAAGUCACCGUCAACGUCAAGGAUAACCGCUCCUCGUCUUCUCGUUCCGCGAGCCCUAUCACUACGAAUUAUACCGGCCCGGGUUCUUCAUCCUCUACCUCGGGUCCCCAACCUACACCACCACCGACUGGAAAGGUCGACCAAUACACAAUUGACACGAGCAACAUACUGUUCGUGAUGUGUGGUGCCUUUGUUGGCCUUGAUAAAACGAUACUUAACCGAGUAUCCAAGUCCACAAUGGGCUUCGGCUCUGAACUCCGUAGCAAGUCUACAUCAGGGAACAAACCAGACCUCCCACCAGAACUAUUCAACCACCUUCCUCACCGUCCCCCGAACGCCGAAGACACCUCGAGUCUCACGGCGCUUGACCUAGCAACACCCGAAGAUUUACAAAUGUUCGGAUUUAUCCCGGAGCUUAUUGGCCGUGUUCACAAUAUUGUAGCGCUAUCACCACUCUCGCGAUCAGAUCUCCUGCGCAUCUUAACAGAACCCCGCAACUCUCUAGUAGCGCAGUACACGGCGUUAUUCCAGACUUACCCCUCCAACUUAUUCUUCACGCAAAAGUCACUGCAAGCCAUUGCAGAACGGGCUGAGCGCGCGAAGACAGGCGCUCGAGGUCUCAAGAUGGAGAUGGAGCGCGUAUUAGCUGAGGCCAUGUUCGAUGCCCCCACGCACUACGUUCUCGUGACUGAGAAGGCCGUACGUGGUGAGGAGAAAGUUGGAUACUGGGGCAAAGACGGCAGACUCGAGGUCGAGAGACUGAUCCGCGAAGAGGAUCGUCUGGCUGCCGUAUCGGGUCAAGACGAUUACGGUAAGGAGGUUGUCAGUAGCCUGGGUCAGUACCGCGAAGCGGGGCAAAGUGGUGCUUGAUUUGUGUAUGGGAUUUGGGUUUGCUGUGGUUUAGGGUUAUACUGUAUGGAUGGUGUUUAUAGGGAUAGGGCGUUUCUGGAAUCGGGCACAUAAGCGUAUGCAUUUUUAUGGAAUUGGUGGGGUAUUGGGGAUGAUGGUCUGGUAUAAACAAUUACCUGGGACUAUCUAGCGGGCUAUAUAUACCUGUAUCUGGGUUAUACAUCUAUCAAUGCCAAGCGAAGGUGGUCUACGCAAUGUUCCAGCGUGAGUAGAAGCGUGAACAUAUAGACCAUACUACGAUCUAAUUCGACCCGUCUACUUAGAGCUGUAUAGCUGUCCGCUAUAAAAUAUAAUGAAUGAUAAGGC